AUGACAGAAACAAAGUUAAAAAUUGCCUUGCGAAGAUACUCUUCUCCUUACAAACAUGGUCAGAAUGACGUUUCCUUCAAUUGUCUUUUUCAAAAUAUUAACGUGUUAAAUCGUAGAAGGGUGUCUGAUAAUAAUAAUAAGACAUCGCACAAGAACAGUUUUAAUACGAGACAAAGUUCAAAGGACACUUCAAUGGAAGUAGACAACUCCUUAAACAAGCAUCAUUUUCUACCUUAAUACAUUAUUGGAGUAGGGGGAUUUGGAAAAGUGUGGAAAGUUAGUUAUAAACAAUAAGUUUUUGCCAUGAAAGAAAUCAGUAAGGCUUUGGUGCUUCUGAAAUAAAGUGUCCAAAGUAUUAUGAGCGAAUUAUAAUUUUUAACUGAAUUGAGACACAAUUUCUUAAUCAAUGUUUUUUCUGCAUUUCAAGACAAUCACAAUCUCUAUUUGGUCUUAGAUUAUUUGGGAGGCGGUGAUCUUAGAUACCAUUUAGGAAAAUUGAGAAAAUUCACAGAAGAGUAAACAAGUAAUACAAUCUAUUUUAUAUAUAUUAGAAUUCUUUGCUGCUUGUAUUAUCGUUGGAUUGGAGUAUUUGCAUGAGAAUAAUAUCAUACACAGAGACAUCAAACCGGAAAAUUUGAUCUUAGAUAAUCAAGGAUAUGUUCGUAUUACUGAUCUUGGUGUGGCCAUUAAAAAAACUGGUUAGAAUUUCGAAACCAGUGGCACUCCAGGAUAUAUGGCACCAGAAGUUAUAUUCAGAUAAGAUCACGGUGAAGCUGUAGAUUUCUUCGCCUUGGGAGUAAUCUGCUAUGAGUUCAUGACGGGAAGAAGACCCUAUUAUGGCAAUAGAAGGGAAAUCAGGGAGUAGAUCCUUGCUAAAUAAGUUUAGAUCCAAAGUUCUGCUGAGGGGUGGUCUAAUGAGUCUAUUGACUUCAUUAAUUUGUUAUUGUAGAGGAAACCACAAAACAGAUUGGUUUAUCCCAGAUAACAUAAAUGGUUCAAGAAUUUCCCAUUUGAGUUGCUUCUUUAGAAAAAGUUGAAAGCACCUUUCAUUCCUAAAACCGCAGACAAUUUCGAUUAAUCACAGAUAUAUUAUGAAGACGAAGAGAACAAUUAAAUCAUAAGACUGCAUUAACAUUUGAUAAGAGAAAAUCAGCAUUUGUUUGAAGGAUAUGCAUAUUAAGAGAAGUAGUCACAAUUCAGAAUCAAAUCUAAAAAAAGCAGUGUCAAUAACACUAAAAUAUUUUAAUUUUAUUGA